UACAAUAGUAUUUAGUGUCAGUGUUAUAGUGACGGACAAUCAGAUGUGAGUGUUGUUGUUGUUGUUGUUGUGUGUGAUGUCUAUGUCUUUGCCAUUGACUCGGUUCCACUCAUAUCACGGGCAGAACAUAAUCUUAUUGGACGACUCAGUCGUGGCCUACCGUAAGGCCAGUUUCGCUCACGGAAUUGCUUUCAGCGAAAAGCCAUUACUUCCCAAUGAGAUCUUCUUGAUUGAGAUCGAGAGGAAUGAGAGUGGAUGGUCGGGACACAUGCGGUUAGGUCUAACCCAAUUGGAUCCGUCGUCACACUUUCAACUUCCGCAAUACGCGUUGCCUGAUCUCCAAAAUCACGGCCACUCGUGGGUCUUCGCCAUUCCUAAUAACUCGGAGAUUACCGACACUAUGAGUGAUCAUCGGAUUGAGUACAAUGAGACAGAUGACACACAACAGACAAAUCAUAAUCACCGAAAUGGCCAAAGAAGACAAAGACAUCGUAGCACACAAAGACGCAGACAUUCAGAGACAUCAAUCUUAGGAAAUGGCGAACAAAUCCGUACGAGUCGUGGCAUUAUUCCUCGAUAUCUGUUACGACCGGCCAUCAGAAGUAAUAUGACAACAGAUAGUAUGGAUGAAUCACCAUUUGAGCGAUCAUUUGUCAAUCAAGCAAAUGGUGACCAAUUUGUUUACGACUCACUGAUGCCCUCGACAUCAACUAUUUCUCCCAGUAAUUCUCAGUCAAGUCUUGUCAAUCAUAUAUACUAUCACAACGUCAACGGCGAAGACUCGAGCAGUUUAGACACCAACUCUAGUGACGACUCGACAGCCAAUAUGGCAUACCUGCCAACCGAUGUCGGCAGUAAAGUGGGUGUCAUGUAUGCCGUGACCGGUGAUCGGGCGGAAAUGCAUUUCAUUUUUAAUGGUGAAGAUCACGGUAUUUAUGCCAAAGAUAUACCAUAUAGAAAGGGUCCACUGUUUGCAGUUGUAGACAUAUACGGAACGACAAAACAGGUGCGAAUCGUUCAGCUGUACGGCAUAUCGUCAUUGAAGAGCGCCUGUCGUAAUGCAAUACUGGCCACAAUCCGGUCACCAAAAGUUAUUCCUUUCCUACCGUUGCCAACAAAAUUAAAAAAUUACUUAAUGUAUCAAUAA